CGGAGUCAAAUAGCUCGUCAACUACUACUGAUAUCGGUUUGUCUGCCCAUCGGUGACACCCGAUGCAUACUGGAAGCUCGAUCCACUGCAGCUACCUUGAGCUUCUUCCAGGGUAGCUUGGGAACCGCGUGGAGAGCUCGUCAAGCCGACGCCUCGGUAUGCAUGCACAUAAGAGGUAGGUCCUUUCCACCUGCGCCAGUCUGUUGGGCUCUUCUUUUUCAAUCGCGUGCCUUUAGAGCGUUCACAGUCCCGUUGCGCCAUACCUACCAGUCGCCAUGCGGUCCCUCCAAUUCUCGAGCCUGCUGCUAGCAGCAGCAAGCUUCGUCUCAGCAACACCAUUUGCGGAAAACCAUGGAGUCAGCAAGCGAGCAACAACCAUUGCUCCCAAGGUCUUUAUCAUCGAUAUGUUUGAGCCCGAAGGAGCCGCUUGGUGGGGAAUUGACGAGUUCGAUGUGCUCGCACAGAACAUCACCAUCCCCGGACUUUCUCCUCUAUUCCCCGAGGUCCACUGUACAGCCGACGGCGACAUUUGCCAGGUCAUUACUGGAGAAUCGGAAAUCAACGCCGCUUCGUCUAUCAGUGCCCUGGUCUUGAGCUCCGUAUUCGACUUGACCAAGACAUAUUUCUUUGUUGCUGGUAUUGCUGGUGUCAAUCCAGAGGUAGCAACAACUGGUUCCGUCACAUUCGCACGCUAUGCAGUCCAGGUCGCACUCCAGUACGAGUUCGACAUUCGCGAUCUGCCUGGCAACUUCACCACUGGCUACAUACCAUUCAACACUGACAACCCAGCCGACUACCCGGCAGAAAUCUACGGCACCGAAGUCUUCGAGCUGAAUCUGGCCCUCCGUGAUGUCGCUAUGGCCUUCGCAUCAACAGCUGCUCUGAACGACACAGCCGAUGCCGCAGCCUAUCGCGCCAAAUACGCCGCCGAGUCGAUCUACGCCGCUGCCGCGCAGCCUCCCAGCGUCGUAGGCUGCGACGUCGCCACUUCCGAUGUGUACUACAGCGGCACCCUCCUCUCCGAAGCCUUCGAGAACACCACUCGCAUCUGGACCAACGGCUCAGGCGUCUACUGCUCGACGGCCCAAGAAGACAACGCCACUCUCGAGGCCAUCCUGCGCGCCGCCAAGGCCAAUAUGACCGACUACUCGCGCGUCAUCGUCAUGCGGACCUCUUCAGACUUUGACCGCCCACCCCCAGGGAUCAGCGAGAUUCAGAAUCUGCUGUACGUGGACCAAGGUGGUUUCUCGCCUGCCAUUGCCAACAUCUACCUCGCCGGUAUCAAGGUCGUGAUGGGCAUCUUGGACGGAUGGGACAGCACCUUCGAAGCGGGUGUCGUCCCGAACAACUAUGUUGGCGACAUCUUCGACACGCUGGGAGGUACCCCCGAUUACGGCCUGCCCAGCUUUUUCAUUAGCAAGCGUGACGUUGCCGCGAGAGCGCCAGAGGGCAAUAUGAGAAUGCGAAGAGCGCAGCAUAGCGCGGAGAGAAGGGCAGCUAUGUUGAAUGAGGUCUGAACAAACAUGUGCAGCGCCGAGCCGGGACCAGGCGAAUGGCCAUGCUGACUGGUGGUCAAAACCCGACUAGUGUACGCCGGCCGUCCUGAAUACGAAAAGGAGAUUGAACCAGCAUAAUGGCUAAUAGUAACGAAGUAUAUACAUGAGUUUAAGAAUGCACUGAUGCAAUAAUGCACUGUACCUGCAAUCCUAUGAUCCCUGUCUGGCCAUCACGUUGGU